UCAUUCCAGCACGCUGGUCGAAUGAGCAAGACCUACAACCUGACUUACAUCUCGUGACAUCAGAACGUUUACCGCCUUUCGAGUCACCAUCCCUGCCCAUCCGUGCGCGCCGCACCCGCCUAGAGACUGGAGCUUAUACUGCCCACGUCCAGUCGCCCAACGGCGGCCUCUUGUCUUUCCAUCCCAUCUUGACAUUCUCUCUGGGACCAGAUCGAGCAUGUUCCAUGGCCUUUUGGGUCGUAGGCGGCGGCACUCCGCCUGACGAGGCCCACCACCCCUGCGACUCGGGUCAUCACAGUGCUGAGGAGGAGACAUACGUCCAUGGCGCAAAGAGACGAGUCGUCCACCGCCACCACCACCACCACCACCACCACCACCACCACCAUCACUAUUACCACCAUGAACAGCAGCAGCAGCAACAGCGAUCCGACUCACCAAAACGGCUGCGCACAAAUGGCGACUCCGUCUCCAUCAAGAACCUCGCCUUCCUCGUGAUACGUGAGGGCACGCCGCCGCCCAUCCCACGCGAGGGCACCCCUCCACGCUACCGCUCACCAUGUCCGCAGCCCAUGGAGCGCACCGCCUCUGGCCUGUCCAUCUCCAACGCGGACACGCUCAGAGACACGACGCGACCCUUGUUGAAUGAGCUGCAGGCCGCGCACAUGGUGCAGAAACACACCCUGCUCUCCCGUCGCGACUCGCAGCCGUCCCGGAUCCUGCACUCCCUCAUCCACCCGCACUCGAGCUUCCCGCUGGACAACAAGCACCCGCACUCGAGCUUCCCGCUGGACAACAAGGCCCUGGAGAGCCUCUUCCACACGGCCAACACCCUCUUCUUCGCCAACCGGCUGAGUCGACGGGUCACGUGGGACUGGUCGACGACGUCGUCGGAGCAGUACACGUCGCACAUUGUUGGCACGACGGCCCUGCGCCACUCGCAGCUGCUGGGAGGCUACGAGACGCUCAUCGUGCUGUCGAGCCCCAUACUCAGGGACACGCGCUACAACCGCCGGCUACUGAUCGCCACGUUCCUGCACGAGAUGAUUCACUCCUUUCUGUUUGUCAUGUGUGGUGUCGAGGCGGGUGGGCAUGGCGAGGCGUUCAGGAUGAUUGCCGAUGUGAUUGACCACUGGGUCGGGAGGGAGGAGCUCAGGCUCGGCGACAUGGAGGCUGACCUGGAGCGCUUCUGUGAGGAAAGGGGGGAGCAGACGGGAGGCGGGGCGUGGGAGAGGUAUGAGAGCGAAGGCUUUCGUUGAGAAAUGGUUCCAUCAUGUUUAUGGGGGUGUUUGCAUUCGCGGGCGGCGCAGCAUUGCUAGGCGUUGGGAUGUAUUUUCUAAUAGAAAGGAUACAAAAAAAGGAUAACAUCUACUCAUGUCCUGAAGAAGCCGAGGCUCGUGGGUAAUUAUUUAGUUGCCUUGCAGUCGACAGACGUUGAAGCUUGCUCCCCCGGGAUUUGGAUUCCGAAGGCACCGCCUAUUCGCUACUUGCGUCCAAGACGUUACGUAUAUGGAGUUCCCUUGCGCCCAGAAAGAGAAUGUCUUAGAAUUGCAGCAUAUUUUCUUUGUAAUACC